AUGGUUUACUUAGAGUUUUCAAUAUCGGCUGCUUUAAUUCUGUUCUACAUCCUUCUCAAAUCUAAUGGGAUUUCUUCACAAAGUCAAGGCUCCUGCAGCAAAACAUCUGGUCCUCAUGUUCAAGGCGUACUGUUUGGGCUGAAACUGUCCGGGAGUGACAACAGUGCUCCUUACCAUUUAGAUGAAUGCGAUGACAAACCGCUGGAGAUUAAAAGUGGGCGCAUUAUACCGCUUUUUCAUAUACGAUACACUGUAAUGUGCGACGAAAAUCACACGCUACCAUUAGGAGGCAGUGCACUCUGGCAGUGCCGAUCGGCUGCGUUGGCUAUUCAUACUAAGACUGUGGAAAUUCCCGACAAGCAUUUACGGGUUAGCGAAUGUACAGAAAAAAUGUUACCGACUACAAUCUACGUACAAAGAGGAGUGUACGUUCACAAUGCAGUGAGAUGCGACAAAGACGUGAAAGCAUACAUCGACGACAUGAAAGACCUCCUUUAUAAGGCAAAAAAGUUUCUUAUUCAGGGUCUGGAGUUCUUUCUUCAGCUUGCAGCCGAGCAGUCUGAGUGCUUGAUCUCCAUUAGCAGCGAUUCCCAUGUGUUCGUUGGGUGGAUAGCUCAUCUUAAAUUUCGCCUUGUCCACAAACCAAAAUAUCAACGUCUCGGCGAUUCUGUGUUUAGCGAAGUUAACUGCUGGCUUGAAACAGCAAUCACAGAGAUCAUGACUGAGAACAUGAAAACAAAUCCUGACGCAAUCUUCAAGCUCGAGGAGCCAGAGUCUGCAUUUCACGCUGGACCCUGCUCGAAACCAGGUUAUAUUGUCGACAGGAAAUACAAGGAUCGAUUUCAAAUUGAAGUACCUCUUUGCCAAACGUGUAUGAGAGGGUUCUACUUAGACCGAACACGGGGCAUUUGUCUCGCAUGUAACCAAAGCAAUUACGCCAGCAUGAGAGGUAUGACGAGUUGUCGUCCUUGUCCUUCUAUGCAAAAGAAACUCAAGUACUUGAAAGGAGACUCCAUAAGGGGCUGCUAUGAUUGGGCAUCGAGAACCAGCAUAGACGCGGUCAAUAGAGGAUUUAUAUUUAUUGCUGCGUUUCACGUGAUGUAUGUGGCGAUUCUGACGCUAAACAUCAGGAGAUACAUAAAAGUAAAUCUAGUCAGUGGACGCAGGGACGAUCAUCGACGUUCAAAUUAA